AUGGCAAAAGACCAGCAACCCCAAAGCCCACCGGAAGGGGCCUUGAGGGCAGCCUCUGAGCCGGAGCGUGAAAAGAAAGCCGUCGAGAGGGCUCUUGUGUUAUUGACAUCGAUUGCUGAGUGGCCUCCUUUCCUUCCUUCCCUCUCCUCCUCUGUGCUUUUCUCAGCCUACGGCUGUGGCCGUCCCACCUACGUGCCCAACAUUUCCCGUGUGGUUGGGGGCAAAGAUGCCCGGCCCCACAGCUGGCCCUGGCAGGUCUCCCUCCAAGUGGAAGUGAACGGGGGCUGGUUGCACUCGUGUGGCGGGACCCUCCUUGACGCGAACUGGGUGUUGACGGCUGCUCACUGCCUCAGCCCCACGCAGACCUACCGGGUGUGGCUGGGCAAGCAGAACCUGAAAGUGGCCGAGGCCGGUGAGGUGGCCGUGGCGGUGGAGAAGGUCAUCAUCCACGAGGAGUGGGACAAUGUGCACAUCCUCAACGACAUCGCCCUGUUGAAGCUGGCGGAGCCGGUCGAGUUCAGCGACACCAUCCAGCCCUCCUGCCUGCCCACCCCGGACUCCCACGCCACCUGCACCCAGAAGGACUGGUGGGGCUCCAUGGUCAAGGCCAGCAUGGUCUGCGCAGGGGGAGACGGCGUCAUUUCGGGGUGCAGUAGCGACUCCGGAGGCCCCCUGAACUGCCGCAUCGGCCACACGUGGCAAGUCCACGGCAUCGUCAGCUUCGGCUCCACCAAGUGCAACGUGGCCAAGCAGCCCACCGUCUUCGCCCGGGUCUCCGCCUACAUCCCCUGGAUCACCCAGAAAAUGAAGCAGAACUGAGCCGCCUUGUGAAUGGAGAUGAAAGAAGCAGAAUAAUAAACGCUUUGUUAUGCAAAAGG